GCUGAAAGGCGGCAGCAUUUUGGAUCGCCGGCAGAAGUUGCUGCGAUGGCUUCAAUCUUCUGCCACUAUCCAGGAGAUCGAGACUCUCUCACAUUUGAAGCAAUGGGUCAUUGAGACCCAACCAGAGGAGAUGGCGCGGGAGCUGGCGAGGCACACAAAAACUGGAUGGUCUAGAUGCGCGCGUGAGCAUGAGUUGUGCGUCUGCAAAAGCCCGGAGAUUCGCUUCGGCUACGCAACACUUUGGGUCCCAUAUCAGCGACCAGAAUUCAGUCCACCGACUGCUGACCUAGCUGUGCUUUGCGAAGUUCGCAACUUCGGUGGCCGAGAUCCGGCCGCGGGAUACCUCAAGGAGUGUCAAUGCUACAGCCAAGACCUUCCCAUCGAAGGCGCCGCUGGAACCACCGCUGGUCUACCGGUGAAUUCACAGUAUUGCGGUGAAGCUUGCUCAAAGGGAAAGAACAGGGCCUACACUGGCAGUCCACGGUCGAGGGCAGAACUCUGUCGGCGGCCUCACACUCACGAGCUGCUGUGGACUUGCAAUCAACCGCUGCGUCGGGUGCCACGGUCACCAGGCCAUCAGCAGGCAGAGCAUGUGUUGACAGCUGCGACCAUGGAAUUCUGUGGAGACUCCAGACUUGCGAAGUAUUUUGACGUCUACUUGGACUGCGAUUAUGCCGAGAACUUCUUGAAGUGGACCUCUGAAGAGUCUGACUGGAUCGAGGAAGCCUUUGUGACCUACGUGGGUGGCGAGAUGAAUUCCAACUACGAGUGGAUGGCUACGAACCUCUUGAGGUCCACAUCGCUGUUCUCCACACGGCCCAUCAUUGUCAUGGUGACGGAUUCCAAAUAUCGACCUCCAUCGUGGUGGGCAAGGACCCCCAACGUCAUUGUGUACAAGAUGGCAUCCGGUCUGACCUUUCCCGUGUCAUUCAACUUCAACAAGAUUCGAUCGAUGAUUGCAGCCCGAGUCAUCGUGGGCAUCCAGCUGGACGUGGACCAGCUCGUUGCCCCCGGUAUCGACAACGUGUUCCGUGCAACCAGGAUUCAGUGCACGCAGAAGUAUCCGUUCCCUUUGAUGCCUGUUCAUUGGAUGUCCAGGGAUGCUGAGCUGGGAGAGCAGUUCUACGAGUACCGGCUUCAGUUCUGGAAUCGACCUCAUGGCAUGAGGUGGUGCCACGCACAUCCUACCUGGACGUAUUGGGCACUGUUGUUCUUGGGGAAUUUACUUCUGAAGCGAUAUCUUGUGGCACUGGCGCCAGACUUCGUCGCGUCUGUGAGGACUUGGGGGUUGUCCAACCUGGUGCCUAUAGAUGUGGUGGAGAUGCUGAAAGCCGGUACGCAGGCACAAAGAGUCACAAAGGUCAAGCUGAAAAAUUGGAUGAUGGAGGAUGAGGAUAUGCUGAAUGUGGAGUUGUGGAUGGCCAACGCCACAAAAGCCUGGUGCAAAUUUGACUUGGAGCCAGACACAUACCUCACAAGGUUUUGGAUCACCAAGAAGAUCUAUGCAGAUCCAAGGUGGUACCCUGAUGGAGUUCCGCUGAUGUUCUUCUCGGUUCACAACACUAAGCGCUUCGACAGGACUGACAAGCUUCUGACCAUCUUUGCACGGUGCACCGAUCCAAACUUUGUGAAUCAAAGCAGCUGCUCCACGAGUUUGACUGCACUACCAACUCCCUGCCAAAUGGAAAGCCUCAAAGAGGAAGAG